CAGUUGUAGUGAAAAAUUUGGAAGAACGUAAACGACAACACAGUUAACAGCCUUUGUUUUAUUAAUGCUUUCCAUAUGUUAAAUCAAAGAGAACUUUUUAACAUUUAUCCUUCAGUGCUAAUAGACUAUUGCUAAUAAGAUGUAAUCAGUCAGUAGUGUUGAUUUUUUUUUCAAAAUUAACUGUUUCAAUCAUCAUAAAAUUGCUGAAGACUGGAUCUGAUAACCGAUUAGGCCAGUAAUGAGUUCACGCCUAGUAAUUAGGAUAUAAUAAAAGGGAAAAAAACAACAACUCAAGGUCCCACUACUUGCUUUUUAAAGAACUGUCAAAGACAUCUCACAGUCUUUAUCAGCAGACAGAGUAACAAUUGCAUGAUGUUGUAGAAUUUAAUAUUGAAAAGAGAUGACAAGUGACAAUCUGCUUAACUGUUUAGCAUGUUGUCAGUAACUCAAACAAAGUAAAUGGUCCAAAGAGUGAAUAAUAUUUUUCCCCAACAUGUCUAAAUUGAAUGUCCUAUCACUGUUAAAAAGACUGCUGUCCCUGCUGAAGUCGAGUAAGGCUAAAUUAAUCCAAAACUCAUUUAGAAAACUAUAUAGGAUACGUAUAAUACAUGUUGUUUACUUUUUUGUACAUCUCGCGAGUUUUCAGCAAGAACUCCUCCCACUACCGGGUUCGUGUUACCAUGACAACACCAAGCUCUGUGGGGCAGUUCGUUUCACUCGGUUCAAGAUCUUCUGAAACCGGUAAAACGGGUCAAAUUUGACUCAGUGUUAUUUUUGUACGACCCACUGCUGCAAGAAGUGUCCUUUAAAAUUCUACUUAUUGUCUACUGAGCCUCUAUUCUGGGUCCAGUUAGCCUAAAUACAAAUAUAUUUGAUUUAAACGAGCUAACGCAGCUCUCCGUUAACUGACAGCUAAUGGCAGGAAAACCUGGGAUGUGGACUCUGGUCAGAGAGAGAGUCCAAAAAAAAAGCUAUGGAGCCAGAGGAAAAGACUCAACUGUCAGGACAAAGGACUCUAUAAGCACCGUGUCAGGUUUAGAUGAACUGCACCAUGAUGACAAUACUCGGAUGGCUGUAACAAUGGAGAAUACGUACCAGAUGGGGCCGUAUAAACGCUUCUCUGUCGCUGCGGUCACAGACAUACUGGAGGAUGUCCUCACCAAUUACCUCCAAGAGGAGAGAUACGAAGCAGAGUGGUCUCAAAAAAUGAUAAAAACAAUAUGUGAGGUGAUUAGGGCCCGUGUGAAGGACUUAAUGAUCCCCAGAUAUAAAAUCAUCAUCUUGGUCCACAUCGGCCAGCUCACCGGGCAGAGCAUGCAAAUCGACAGCCGCUGCCUGUGGGACACAUCUAACGACGUCUCAGCCUCAUACUCCUUCAAGAACAGAUCUCUGUUUGGUGUGGCGACUGUUUACACCGUUUAUUUUGAGUAAAUCAUCGACACACUCUGAGCCAAACAGUUACUUUAGUCACAAAUUUCUCAUGGUUAAUUUCUGCUGUUAAAGGUUUAUGUGUUGCCAUGUAUAAAGUGAUAAAAACAAGAAUUAUUAUCCAAAAAUCAUGGUGUUUUUUGUUUUAUUUGUGCUUGCAAGAGAAAUGAAAGCACUUCAUUCUAGCAAAGUUUUUAAGAUUGAAAUCUUGUUGACAAUGGUGGUCCAUCACAAGCAAAUCUGUCAUGCUAAUUCUAAUAACUAUAUCUAUAUAUAUAUAUAUCUAUAUAUAUAUCUACAUAGAUAGAUAGAUAGAUAGAUAGAUAGAUAGAUAGAUAGAUAGAUAGAUAGAUAGAUAGAUAGAUAGAUAGAUAGAUAGAUGGUUUGGUAUAGUUUACAUUUUACCAUUGUAAAUGAUGAUGAAAUGAUAAAUAUCUUUAACACAUUCUGUCUAGAUUAAACUAAAACAUUUUCUUUAAACAUUAUUAGAACUUAGAGGUAAUGUUAGUAGGUGUUGUAGGAAUAUUACCUGCUUUCUGGGCUUUUCUAGUGCAAAUAUCUGCUGGGAGCAUCAUAACAAAAGAUUGUAAAAGUCUAUGUUCAUAACAUCACUGUGGAUGCAUUUAUUGCACAGUAUGUUUCCAUAUGCAGCACUGUUGUGAUUUGUUGCACAAGUUCUACAUAUGUAAAAAGGUCUGAGUUCAUUUGGAGUAAUGACAAUAAAGUAUGAAAUCGUAUUCCAUGAA